AUGGAAAAAUAAAAAAGUCUAAUAGAUGUAUAAAAUUAAAAGUAUCGUUAGCUUACUUUUGAAUAUGGAUAGAGUUACGAGGACAAAGUAAGAAGGAAGUAGUGGUUAUAUGAGUAUAUGACAGGAUGCUUAAAGGAAGUAAUAAAUUUGAAUGAUUGAUUAGAAAAUUCUAGAGUUAUUGAAUACUAUGUUUGGGGACUAUAUUAAUGAUCUGUUUCUUAUUGUUAGUUUCAUUCUAAUUUUAGUGGGAAUAGUUUAAAAUGACAACUAGGAAGAUGUUAUAUCGUCGUAAUUAUUGAACAAUUUACAAAUAGACUCACUUUGUUUAUAGUUUACUUAUUGCCUUUUCUAAUUGAAGCAGCGAUUAGAACAAUAUAAUUAUUUUUAGAGUAAAAAUAAAGUUGGCAAUCUAUUUUGUUACAAACACGAAUUACUUAUACUAGAUUAAAAGGAUUCAAACGAGAAGACAUGGUUUAUAGUGAUAUAUAAAAUUACAUAAGACAGGCUCGUUCAUCAUCCAUUAGAAGUAGUUAACAUCUUGAUUCUUAAUCAAAUAUACCUGAUGUUUUACCUGCAUCAAAUGUAGAAGAUGUAUUUUACAGCAAUUUAAAAAGAGGAGACUUUAUUCUCCUUAGUAGAAAUUAAUAAUGUCCAGGAGACUUAGUCAUAUUGGACAUGAGUGAUAGACAUGGAUACUUUUAUUCAAAAAGCUAUUUUAAGUAGGCUUUUCUACAACGUAAGGAACCAAUGAAGACAACAAAAGUUGAGAUGAAUGCACCAAAUAAAGGUGAUUUGAACUAUUUAAGGAAGAUUUUAAAGGGUAAACUAACAUUCAAUAAUAAUUACAAUUUUGAAUAAUUUGAAGGUCAUAUAAAAUUAUCCAAAGAUCCAAAAGGAGAACCUAUUUUACCAGAAAAUAUUCUGUUUUUUGGAUAAGCAUUACAAUUCAGUGAAUGGGUAUUUGGAAUUCUUAUAAAUGUUGGAGGACAAUCUUUAUAUAGUAGAAAUGUUUAAUCAGUAAAAAAAUAAUAGCAUAAUAAGAAUAGAUAUAAAAAUCUCAGUAUAUUAUAAUUAUUCCUUUAUAUUAUCAUGCCUAUAAUUGCAUCAUUGAUCUAAUAUUAUGGAUACUAAUCAAAUUAAUCAUUCAGUCAAAUUAUAUUAAAUUGUUAUUAAUAAUUCUUAGUUGUGUUACCAUCUUAUUUAAAUUUAUUUUUACAUCUAUUUGAUGUAUUCUUAAUUAUCAAUGAAAAUCGAUCACAAUAAUAAUAAUAAUCAAAAGACUGUAAAGAAUUGAUAUUAGAAACAAAGUUAACUUCCAAACAAUAAAGUAUCAAUUAUCCAGUUAAUAUGAAAGAAAUUAUGAAUACUACUCAUGUGUUUUUAAAUAUUCAGAUAUUAUCUGAUGCUAAAAUUGAAGCUUUAUGUCAUGGAGAUAAUAUUUAUUAAAUUGAUCAAACUCUAAUUCCAGAUUUAGUAUUAUCUUAAUCAUUUAAAAAAACAUAAUUUUAUUACAAUCUAAUUAAAUAAGUUAAUGAUGAAAACAUAGAAAUAUUAUAAGAGAAGAUUGAUACUAUAAGUCCUAAUGUACCACCUUAAAAAUUAAGUAUAACUUCUCAUUAAUAAUAUAAUGCUAUUUUUAAUAAAGAAGCUGGAUAAAAUAAAAGACCUUUUUUUAAAUAGAAUACUUAAACACUUCAUUCUCAAAUGAUCAAUAAUCCAAAUAGUGCUAGACCUUCAUUAGAAAUAUAUCACAGUAUGGAUGGAGGAUUCUUAGCUGGAAAUCUUCUUAAUCAAUAAUAACAUAGUUAAGUUAGUCAGGAACCAGAAGAAGAACAAGUUAAAUAGAUCUAAAUUUACAGAGAAAACACACUUGUUGAAUUAGGAUUAAGUUAACCUUUUUAAUAUUUUGAAUUAUUUUCUGUUAUUUCUUUGUGCCAUCUAACUAGAAGUGAAUUAAUGAGUACUGGAGAAGAGAAUAGAUCAUCAUAGAAAAAUUCAAAAUUAGCUUUCUCAGAAAGGGAAAGAAUUAAAAAACCUAAAUUCAAUAUUGAUUAAUACUUUCUAGCUGAGGAUGAAGCCUUAUUAAAAUUAAGCAAAUUAUUUAAAAUUUCCUAUAAGACUUAUGGAUUUAAUAGACAAGAGUAACUCUGUUAUGUAUUGAAAAUUAAUGACUUAGAAAUUCCUUAUAUAAUUCAUUAUCGAUUAUAUCAUCAAGGAUUUAUUGAUUAUGAUGAAACUAAAAAUAAUAAGAUGUUUAAGAUUCCUUCAAGAUUUAUAGCUAUGAUGAUUUAGGAUAACAAUUUUUAACUUAAAGAAUCAAAUCAAUUAGUAUUAUUGUGUAGAUUUUGUAUUGUAACUAUUUCAGAUAUUCCUGGAUAUGAGAAAUUUGAUUUAGUUAAGAAAGCAUCAUUAUAGAAAUAAAUUCAAUAUUUAAUUAAUAGAGGAGAUAUAAUUAUUUGUUUUUUGAAGAUGUCAAUUAAAGAAUAAGAUCUCUAGAAAGCAAAGAGUUUAAUUAUUAAUGAUUAUGAAAAAACUAUUUAAUUGAUAGAAUUAUUAUCUGAAAAUUAGUAUGAUAUAAUUGGUCUUUUUGGAAUUAGUUAAAAUGAUAAUUAGGAUUUAAUUAAGGAAUCAUUUAUUACUAACAGAUCUAGAAUAAUUAUUCAAUCAGAAAAACCAUAUGAAUUAGUUUUACCAUUUUGUAUUAAGAAUAGUGUAUUACAUAAUGAAACAAUUACUUAUAAUUUUUAGUCUUCAUCAAGAGAUGAUAUACUUUAUUAAAUUAGAUAAAUUAUUAGUAGUCUUAAUCAAGAAGAUCCUAAGAAAAGUUCUACUUUAUCCAAUCGUAGAAAUGCUUAAAUUUAAAAUGAUAAAAUAAAAAUCAAUAACAAUGCUUUAAUUAUAGAUGGUAAUGUAUUAGAUUUAAUCUUAAAUGAUAAAUACUUAACAAAUCAUUUUGGAUUUAUUAUUCAUUUUAAUAAAAUUAUUAUUGUUUAUAAUAUGAAUAAUAACUUAAAGUAGAGAUUAUUGAAUUUUGUAACUAAAUAUGAUAGUGAAUAUUAUUCAUCUUUUUGUGUUAAUUAUAGUGCUGGAUCACAUGGAUUAGUAAGGAUGAGUAAUUUUUCAUAUUAAAGACAUGAAGAGAUUGAAUCAGAUGUUAUGGGUUUUAUUAAUUAAUAUUCAAUAAAUAUAGAUGAAUUAGAAUUAUUUGAUAAUUUAGUAAUUAAAACUGGAUUUCAAUUAUUUUAAAUUAAAGAUGCAACUUAACGUAUAUGUAUUUAAUGGAAUUUAUGUUUUGCUUUAUUGUAAAUGAUAUUUUAUUGUUUUCCACAUUAUAAUGGUUAAUUAUUAUUUAAAGAUAGAUUAUUAAUAUUAUAAAUAUUAGUACCUGCAAUACUAUUAAUAUAUUCAAUAAAGACCAUAUAUGUAGAAUAAGAAUAUUUGAGUGUGAAGAUAAAUACAAUAAAGUAGAAAUCAUUAGAUUUAAAGAAUAAUCAUAUUAUAGAAUUGUUAUUAGAAACAAUAAUGGAUGUAAUUCUACUAACAAUAGUUAGAUAUACUUGUUAUAUGAAUAAUAUUCAGAUAGGAGUUUAUAAUACAAAAGAAGAAAUUGCUAUAUAUUUUAGUUUUAUUUUGAUAAUUCAUGUUUUAAAAUUGGCCUUUUUAUCAAAGGAACUUUAUUUAACAUUAUUUUUAUUUUUGAGUACUUUAUUACUGAUACUUUUACAUAUCACAAUAGAAAUGAUAAGUUUGGAUUAUGUUAUAUUAAAAGUAUUAUUGAUAUAACCUACGACUAUAAUGUCUCUUUUAAUUUUAUUAGCAAUAAAAAUAGUAAUGAAUUUAUUUGGACAAUUUAGUAUUUAUUUGUAUAAUAAUUUUUUGGAGAGAUCUUAAUAAGAUAUUGAUUUUAAUUUGAUUUUAGAAAUCAUAACAAAAGAAUUAUAGAGUUUAAAGAAUAUUUAAUAUUUAAUAAAGAAGGUAUUUAAAGAUUCAGAUAUUGAUUUAUCUGUAAAGUAAAUUCUAGGUGAAAAUAAGAAUCAAUUAAUUUAAUUAAAUAAUUAUACAUUGAAUUUUGAAUAAUAAGUGUAUAAUUAAGAAUUCAUUUAAAUGUAUAUAUCAAAAUGGAAAUUUAUAGGAAUAAUAACUAAUUUAAGUUAUUUCUUUGGUUUAGAUAUAUUUUUAUUGAUACAUUAUGGAUUAAGAUUUGAAUAAAUUAAUACAGCAUUAUUUUCAAUAAUGUUAUUUUUGACUUUUUGUUAAGUAUUUCUUAUAAAUUAAUCUUGUUAUCCUAAUUACAAAAAGUUAAUAAUAUAUUUUGGAUUCUUGUAAACUAUAUAUAGAUUAUUCAUAAUAAGUGUAGAUGUAUUUGAUUAGGAAAAUAAGGCGUAUGCAUUUAUAUUUUAUUAUUUGGUUAUAUUUUCAUUGACAUAAUAAAUAAAUUAUAAAUAUGUAUUCAUAGUAAUAUAAUAAAUUAUGACCUUAAUAUCUGGAAUAGUAAUGUUGUAUGCAAAUUAAAAUAAACAUGCUAAUGAUGUAUAUUUAGGUGAAAUUAUAGUAUUAUUUGUAUCUUUUAGCAUUAUUUCUCUAUAAUCUCGUUAUUAAGAUGAUGUAACUUAACGUGAAGAUUACAUUUGUUGGAAAGUCUUAGAAAUUGAAAGAUAAAAACAUCAAUCAGUAAUGUCAUUGUUAUUGCCUCCAUUUGUUUUGGGUAGACUUGAUCAAGGUCAUUUAGAUUUUUCAGAGAAUUAAGGAUUGGUUGGCAUAAUCUUUGUAGACAUGUGUAGUUUUGAUGUAAUAGUAAGUGAAGAAGAUUAAAAUAUUGUAUAAUUGAUGGAUAAUAUUUAUCGAUAAUUUGAUUAAAUCUGUUCAUCAACUAAUUGUUAGAAAAUAGAAACAGUAGGAAAAACUUAUAUGGCUUGUUCAGGAUUGAAAUGUGUAGAGAAAUUUUAACCAAAGGGUCAACAUUUGAAAAAUCCUAUUGAAAGAUUAGUAGAAUUGGCUUUUGGGAUAUAAUAAGAAAUUACUAAUUUUAAAUGGGGAAGUAAUCAAAAAAGUUUUGGAUUGAAAAUUGGUAUUCAUUAUGGUAGAGUUUUAAUGGGUGUAAUUGGAUCAAUUAAACCAUAAUUUUCAUUAAUUGGAGAUACAGUAAAUACAACUAGUAGAUUAUGUGCUCAUUGUCCUGAAGGUUUAAUAUAAAUAUCACUUUAAGCUUAUGAUCAAAUAAAAAAUGUUAAAUCAAUUAAAUAUACUUCAAGUAAAAUUGAAGCAAAAGGAAAAGGUAUCAUAGAUACAUUUUUGAUUGAGAAAAAAAGAAAUUUUGAAUAAUCAUUUAAUAAUAAAUAAAAAAAAUCAGAAAUGCCUCAUAUAGAUUAAAAAUUGAAAUUUGUUUUAAAUAAUUAAUAAUAAUAAUAAAAUUCUUUUAGAAAUCCAAAGUAAGUAAGUAUUACAGCAAUUAGAUAGAAAACUACUAGACAUUUAACUUAUAAAUUAAUUCCUUAAAAAUAAGAAGAAAAUUAAUAAUUAAAUACACCAUAGAAUAAUUAAACAUAAUAACCACCAACUUAAUAAAUUAUAACUACAUAAUAAUAAGGUAUUAGUUAAAAAACAGCAAAUUUAAAUUUUACUGCUAGUUAAUUGUAAUUAUUUAGAAAAUAGACUAAAAGAAAUCUAAUGAGCAAUUAAAUAAAUAUGCCAUCUCUUAAUUAGAUUGCAUCUCCUUAAGCUUUAAUUCAAAUAUCAUCAAAUUAGAAUGUUCUUGCUCCUAGUAAUAAAUUGAUUCAUUAGAAAUCUAUCUUCAGUCAUUAAUAACAAUAAAAUUAAUAAAUAUCAUAACAAAUAGAUAAAAUUGAUAAAUAUUAAUAAUAAUCAUCAAUAAAUCUUCCAUAAUAAGAUCCAUCAAAUUAAAAUAUCUUAGCUGGUAUACCUGAUAUACCUUUAGAUCAAUCUUUAAAUGUUAUGGAUUCUUCAAUCAAAGAAUAAACUCCUCUUAAUUGUAGAAAGGAUGAUUAAAAGAAAUUUAUUGAUUCUACAAUUAGAAUGAUUAAAUUUAAUGAUAUAGAAUUAUUCAUAAAAUCAAAACCAGAAGUUUUCAAUAAGACUAUUCCUUUAUUUAAGAUUUAAGAGUUUUUUCUUGAAGGUAAAAGUAUUACACUUUAAGAGAAUAACAAUAACAAAUGGCAUUUAAUUUCAAAAGAAUUUCUAUUUGAAGCAUUUAAAAAUAGUGAUGAUGUCACUAAAUAUUAUGAAAAUGAAUUAGAAAAUGGUAUCAGAAGUGUAAUGAUCUCAUUAUUACUUCUAUUAAUUAUACAUAUAUUCUUUAUUAUACUUUCUCAAUUACAAUAAGUAAAUACUUAAUAGGCAGUAAUAAGAGCAUUAGGUUGCUUUUUUAUUUUAAUUGAAUUAUACUUUUUGUAAACUCAUUUUUUUGAAUGGAAAAGAAAAAGAUUAUUAUAAGUUAUACUUAUAUAAUUGGUUACUUAAUGUAUUAUAUUAGGAGUAUUCUAUGAUUAAGAUAAAGACAAAUCAGUAAUCUUAUCAAUAGAAUCAAUAAUUACAAGUUGUCUUUUAUUUGCACAUAAAUGGCUUUAUGUAUAAGAGAAGAUCUUAAUUUGUGCUUUUAUGUUUACUGUUUGGUUAAUUAUUAUCAGUUCAGUAUUUAUUAUUGAUAUUUGGGAAGUAUUUUUUUUAUUAAUUUCAAUUGCUUUAUUAUUAUAAAGAGAAUUAUUAAGUUAUUUAUUUUCUUAUAAAUAAAUGCUCAAUUAAUAACAAAUAGAAAUAAAAAAAGAAGAUAAGAUGAAUCUCUUGAGUUGUCUAUUACCUAUACAUGUUUUGAGUUAAUUUUUAGAUGAUUCCACAAACUCAAGGAAAUUCUCUGAUGUUUAUAAUGAUUGUACAAUUCUAUUUGCUGAUAUUGCUGGAUUCACUAAAUACUCUUCAAGUGUAUAACCAGAAGAGGUUGUCUCUAUGCUUAAAAAUUUAUUCGAUGAAUUUGAUAAAUUAACUUAAAUACAUAAUGUAUUCAAAUUAUAUACAAUUGGAGAUUGUUAUGUUGUGAUAGGAGUAACUGAUAAUUUUAAAAGAGAUCCAAUUUAAGAAGCAUUUAAUGUUGUUGAAAUGAGUCUCAAUAUGUUAGAAGCUAUAAGUUUAGUUCGAAAUUAAAUUAAUUACCAUGAUCUCCAUAUGAGAAUUGGAAUCCAUACAGUAUUUAUUAUUUUUAUUCUAGGGUAAUGUUAUUGGGGGUAUCAUUGGUACAGAUAUCAUUAGAUAUGAUGUAUAUGGAAAAGAUAUUUUAAUUGCAAAUAAAAUGGAAAGCAGUUCUGAAGAGGGUCGAGUGUUGGUAUCAGAAACAACCAAGAAAUUAAUUGAAGAUAACUUUGCUUAAUCUUAUAUUUUUAAUGGACGAAAAUUAAUUAAUAUACCCUCUAUUAACACAACUAUUACUGGUUUCUUCUUAGAAACUGCAAUUUGAUU